CUGCAUAUGUCAUCAAGUAGCUUGUCAACAAUUACAAAGCAUUUUUUUUUAGAAUACUUGUAUAAAUCUGUAUGAUAUGUUUGCCUUCCACUGGAAAACAAACAACUUUCGGCGAGUAUAAAUAGAGCUUUUCGAUGUCUAGAUGUUUGCUAGUAGACUUUUCAAAGCUUGUAAUUCACUUCGAAAAAGCCGAACACACAACAGUCACAACUUGAACUUGCUACCUGCAUUAAUUAACAGUGAAUGUGAACGCAUUAAUUUGAUUAAUCGAAUUUCAAUUGGAAAUACAAAAGUAUUUUUCACAGUUCUAGCAACACUUUUCUCUACUUGUCAAGACAACGUGGAAGACAGCUAUCUAGUCAAAGGACCAGCAAUGUCUCGCACCGUCAACUUGGCAUUUGAAAGUGUUGAACAAAGUGAAGGUGCUGGGGCGAGAGUUCGAAGAAGUAUCGGUCGCUCAGAGUUACGCAAUUUUGACCCUUUUCUAAUGCUUGAUGAAUUCUCAGUCAAGGCUCCAGCGGGAUUCCCUGACCAUCCUCAUCGUGGCUUUGAAACUGUAACUUACAUGCUAGAAGGGGAGACGAACCAUGAAGAUUUUUUAGGACACAAAGGAACAAUCAAAGCUGGAGAUUUACAGUGGAUGACUGCUGGUAGAGGUAUUGUUCACUGUGAGAUGCCUGGGAAGGAUUUGGCCAAGGGCUUACAACUCUGGAUCAACCUCAGAAAAACUGAUAAAAUGAUUGCCCCUGCCUAUCAGGAGCUGUUGGAUAAAGAUAUUCCCAAGGGAGAGAAGAAUGGUGUUCAGGUGAAGGUCAUUGCUGGAGAAGCUUUUGGUAUCAAAUCACCAGUUUACACCAGGACACCUGCCUAUUAUCUUGAUUUUAAAAUGUCACCUGGGUCCCAGUUGGAUCAGCCUAUACCUAAAGACUGGAACACAUUUGUUUAUAUUUUGUCUGGAGAAGCUUGGUUUGGUCCUGAAGAGAAAAGUCAACUAUGUAAGGCUCAUCACACCAUUACAUUCAACACUGAUGGUGACUCUGUCCAUGUACAUAACAAGAGCGGGCAACCAUGUCACUUUGUAGUCAUUUCUGGACAGCCAAUCAGAGAGCCUGUUGUACAACAUGGUCCAUUUGUGAUGACAACACAAGAAGAAAUUAGACAGGCUUUCAAUGACUACAGAAGCAGUAAAAAUGGAUUUGAAAAUGCAGCGACCUGGAACUCUGAAUAUACUAGAUAAUAAACAUGUUUCAAUAAAAUUAAUAUUUUGUUUUUGUGUUACAACUUUAAUAGUUGCUUGUUAUAACUUGUUAGAUAGAUCUUACCAGGGAUAGAUCACUUUUGGCUCCAUUUAGAAUUGUCUAACUUGUUAACUUAGUUUUAAAAUAUAUAUAUAUUACUGUUCAAAUAUAUAUAUGUAACACAGGUCUAUUUUAUACUGAAGGUUCUAGUGAAACUUACUGUUGUGAUUAAUAUUAUUAUACAGCCUUUUCAUUUGGCCAAGUAUAAAAACAGACCAGCUAGUUUAUCAAUGCACAGAUUUAAUCUUUUUCCUCAUGACAUCUUUUAUUUAUUUAUUUUUUUUUGGAGUGAAUGUUUCAAACUUCAAUCUAAUAUUAGUUAUCAUUACAAACUUCAAUCUUAUGUGGUGAGCCAUUGUUACAAACUUCAAUCUAAUGUGAGCCAUUGUUACAAACUUUAAUCUAAUGUGAUCCAUUUUUUCAAACUUCAAUCUUAUGUGAGCCAUUGUUUCAAACUUCAAUCUUAUGUGAGCCAUUGUUACAAACUUCAAUCUUAUGUGGUGAGCCAUUGUUUCAAACUUCAAUCUAAUGUGAGCCAUUGUUACAAACUUCAAUCUAAUGUGAGCCAUUGUUACAAACUUCAAUCUUAUGUGAGCCAUUGUUACAAACUUUAAUCUAAUGUGAGCCAUUGUUACAAACUUCAAUCUAAUGUGAGCCAUUUUUACAAACUUCAGUCUUAUGUGAGCCAUUGUUACAAACUUUAAUCUAAUGUGAGCCAUUGUUACAAACUUCAAUCUAAUGUGAGCCAUAUGGCAGUUAUUAAUUUUUCUGAAUGAGUAACUGCAUAUAAGUGUGUAUUUGCCUAAGCUAAGUAGAAAGUCUUAGUUCAUUGUUUUGUCUAUGUAGGUUAGGGUUAUCUGCACUAUUUAAGGCGUAUCUUAUAACUGACUUUUAAUUGACAUGUGAUGUGCUUCCAUGUCUUAUGAAAUACAGACGCUACUGCAAAAAAAAAAAAAAGAUGAUUAUGUCUUAUGCGUCCAGUCAUGCAUGUUAAUCAUUGACUUAAAUUUGGCCAAGUCAUUGGUUUUCCUGGCUGACUCAGUCAACACAUUCCAUGCUCUAAUAACAAUAAAUAUUUUGUGUAGACAUUUUAAAAAAUCUAUUGCCAGGUUUAAGAGCAAAAAUAAAUUAAUAAAUAAUUAGUGUGUGUGUUUGUGAUCUCUCUGAAUGAGUGUGUUCUAAUGCAAUGCUUGCUUACUUUAUAUUAAGUUUCUAAUUAAGUUCAAUAUAUUCAAUUUGUUCAAAAGUAAAGUUUCCCUUUCAAACCUUGGGAUCUAUGGGGCAGAUGAUGUUUAUGGCCAACUGUUAACCAGCAGGUUUUCAUGUGACCAGCACAAUGAUUUUUUUACUUUCCCCAACUAAAGUCAGGCACCCAUUAGAGUUGGGUGGACUCAGGGGGCACCCUAAAAAUUCCAAAAUUCAAAAUCCCAGAUUUCACUGAGAUUUGAACUCAGAACCCCAGGUUCAGAAGCCAACCGCUUAACAACUCAGCCACAGCGCCCUCUCAUUUUUUACAAGUUUCAUGAUAAUGUUGUAUUUUUUAAAUUAUGAGCUCAAAUAGAGUAAUUUAUUCAUUUUUUUUUUAAAUUCUGUGAUGGUUAAAAAAAAAAGUUUUACAAUGCACAAACUAUAUCCCGAGUAUUUUAUACCAAUUUUAUGUUCAACUUAUUUUGAGAAAUUCCUUUUGUUUUUUUUCUGUCAUUUAUAUUUAACUACAUGUAUUAGGUGUGGGUGAUAGUUCAAAUAAGUGGUAGUGAAUUUUCAAGGGUUUUUCUUCUUUACCAUUACUUAAAGGGAAAAACUGUUACAAAAAUUACUUGGACCUAUUGGAAAGAGACUUUUUCUUGAUAUUUCAUUAUUACAUUACUGCAUAAUGCUGUGUAUGUUGACCUCUGUUCAAGAUGUAGUGUAUAUUAUAGAUGUAACUAUAGUGUGGGACAAAUAAUUGGUCUACUACAUUCAAUAGAAUGAAUUUUACAUUAGACCAAGCAAAGUUAAGUUUCCUAAUUGAAACCUAGAUUUUUUAAAAAAGUCAAGUUCCCCUUUCAGACCUUGUGGUCUAUAGGGCAGAUGAUAAUAAAGGUCAUCUGUCUCUGUGGCCUACGGUUAACAAGGGUGUCAUGUGGCCAGCACAACCAACCGCCUUUACUUUUACCCAACUAAUCUACUAAUCUUAUGUACCCAUUAGAGCUGGGUGGACUCGGAGGUGCCCAAAGAUCCUGAAAUUAAAAUCCUAGUCUUCACCAGGAUUCAAACCCCGGACCUCGGUUCGGAAGACAAGCGCUUUACCGCUCUGCCACCGCGCCUAGAUCUAGUAAGCUGCUUAAUUAGUUUUGUUUCAUUUGUAACACUGCACAGAAUAUAAAGAAGAAACAUUUGUUCACAAGUUUUUGUCACUGAAAAUUCAACUGUUUCAACGUUUGAGUCACUUGAAAAAAAAAAUCUUUAAAUAUCUCAUAUGCCCCCCCCCCCAAAAACGAUGAAUUCAUUUGAUCUUAGUAAAGAAUGUGUGUCCAUUGAUAAUAUAAUUAAAUAUGUGUUUGUUUUUUUCUUAAAUAUUGUAUGUUGGCAAGUGUAUUUUUUGUUUUGUUUAAUAACAUAACAUCAUCAUUUAAUAGUUUGUAUUUUUAAUGUCUGAAUAUACAUCUAGUGUAGAUUCUUUUUCUUUCCUAUUCUGUGUUAUCAACUCAUGUUGCUGGGUUCAUAGCUAAGUCUGAACAAAUAGUGAAAUGUCAGAAACUCUGAGCACUGCUUCAAUUUUCCUGGACAUCUGUAGCACUACAGUGAUUAGUCAUUGUACUGGCCACACACUCUCAUGUUUCUUUAUUUAUACAGAAACUUUACUAACAAUAAAUGUGUAAAAAAAAAAGUUUAAUGACAAUAAUUGUACUGUGUGUAUAUAUAGUCAUACAUUUAAUCAAAAAUAUGUUUUCAUAAAUGUUGACAUAUUUGUAUAGGCUACUUCUGUGAGUGUGUGUGUGUAAAUUGUAUAUAUUUUGUGAUUUUGAAUUAUUAUUAUUUUAUUUCCAAUUAAAUAUGAAGAUAAUAUACACAAAUUCAGUGUAAAUAGAUUCUGUUUGUUGUAUUGUUGUUUUCUAUAUUAGGCAACAAGGUUAAUAAAAAAUAUGUUAAGUCAAA